ACACGUGUCAUCCUCCCUCUUCCUACUUAACACCUAGGCGCAUGCAUCCUUCUUAUAAAGAUAGUAAAACAUUUUGAAUCAUCGGAGAGAUAAAGAGAGAGGGGAAAAUGGAGAAAAACAGGAAAAUCUUUACGUUUUUGCUUCUGGUUAUGUUUUUCAAUGGAAUUAUGAUCAUGAGAUCAAAUGGGUAUGAAGGAGACGAAAAGUGGCAAGGAGGAGGAGACGAAAAGUGGCAAGGAGGAGGACAAGGAGGACAAGGAGGAGGAGAAGGAGGAGGAGGACAAGGAGGAGAAGGAGGAGGAGGACGAAGAGGAAAAGGAUGGUUCCUGAUGAAAGAGUGGAGACAAGUGAUCAAAUCAGAAGGUGGAGAAAUGAGAGUUGUGAUAUCUCCAAGGGGAAGGAUCAUUGAGAAACCAAUGCACAUUGGGUUUCUAACAAUGGAACCUAAAACCCUCUUUGUCCCUCAGUAUCUUGACUCAAGCAUCCUCUUCUUCGUUCGUCAAGGUGAAGCAACCCUUGGAGUGAUAUGCAAAGACGAAUUCGGAGAGAAGAAAUUGAAAGGAGGUGACAUAUACUGGAUUCCAGCUGGUUCUGCCUUUUAUUUGCUUAACACAGGCCGAGGCCAACGGCUUCACGUCAUUAUCAGCAUUGAUCCAUCGCAGAGUCUCGGCUUUGAAACCUUCCAACCUUUCUAUAUUGGUGGAGGCUCGUCGUCUGUUCUUGCCGGCUUUGAUCGGGACACUCUAACUUCAGCACUCAACGUUUCUAGACCGGAGGUGCAACAAUUGUUGACGAGUCGAUUCGGUGGUCCGAUUGUGCACAUCCAAGAGCAUGCUCCCACAAUGUGGACCGAGUUCUUGGGGUUAAGAGGAGAAGAGAAACAUAAGUAUCUCAAGAAACUACUGGAGAUGAAGCAAGAAACCUCUCAAGACCAAGACUAUAGUCAGUGGUGGUCUUGGAGGAACCUAGUAAGAUCGAUUUUGGAUAUAACCCAAGAAAAAAACCGCUGGUCAGGAGGAUCUUCCAAGUGCGAGGACUCCUACAACAUGUAUGAUCGAAAAAAUGAUUUUGAUAACGACUAUGGAUGGAGUAAAGCUCUUGAUCAUGAUGAUUACGAGCCUCUCAAAUACUCGGGUGUUGGCGUUUACCUCGUAAAUCUCACUGCGGGAUCAAUGAUGGCUCCGCAUAUGAACCCGACAGCAACAGAGUACGGCAUCGUUCUCUCCGGUUCAGGAGAGAUUCAGGUCGUAUUUCCUAACGGAACUUCUGCUAUGAACACGAGAGUCUCUGUAGGAGAUGUGUUCUGGAUCCCUCGCUACUUUGCCUUUUGCCAGAUCGCAUCUCGGACCGGUCCGUUUGUGUUUGUUGGAUUCACCACAUCGGCUUACAAGAACCGACCACAGUUUCUUGUUGGAUCGAACUCGCUACUUCGGAGUCUCAAUGUGACAUCACUUGCCAUGGCUUUUGGAGUAGACGUAGAGACGAUGAGGAAGUUAAUUGAGGCUCAGAAAGAAGCUGUUAUUCUGCCCACCGCAGCUGCAGCUCCUCCCGCUUAAAGGUGAGACGGUGCGUUUUGGACUCGACCACCUUUUUGAUUUGUGCAAUGAGAGAAUGUGAGACAUGUUUUCUUUUUUGAAUGUUUAUGUAUGUAGAUAAACAUGAGGAUGUUAUAUGUAUGUUUUUGUUUCUUUGAAAUGACAUAAUAAUGGUGUAUGAUAUUUUUAGUCUAUUCUUCGAAUCCGCGACUCCGCAACUUUUCUUAUUUAGAUAAUAAUAUAGCACAUUAGAA